AGCGGUAAUUUUCAGUGUUUACCAGCCAGCUGACAUCCGGUGUCAUCCCGUCCAUUGGCCAAUUUUAACAACAUUUCGAAAGUCCCGUACAUUCGACAUUUCCCCACCAAAAACAUUUUUCAUAGUUCCAUCUACACAGCUGAAUGUAAAAUCUCACUAUAUUCAUCAGAUGCAGCUUCGACUUCGGUUGGAACGAAAGUCGGCGCUAGUGGGGCUUUGGCCCCGUCUCCACCAGCUGUACACUCGUCCUGUCUGAGCCACCACAGUCUCCCUUCCUCAUUGAACCAUGAACACUCAAAAGGAUCUUGACAUGGUGCAUCUUCGCCUUAUCCUGGUCAGUGGGAAGACGCAAGACUUCACUUUCUCCCCAAACGACUCAGCCACAGAUAUUGCCAAGCAUGUGUUUGAUAAUUGGCCUGCAGGGUGGGAAGAGGAGCGAGUGAGCAGUCCCAGCAUACUGCGCCUCAUCUUCCAGGGGCGCUUCCUUCAUGGCAAUGUGACCCUGGGAGCUCUAAAGUUGCCCCCAGGCCGAACAACUGUCAUGCACUUGGUUGCCAGAGAAACUCUUCCGGAGCCCAACUCGCAUGGUCAACGGAACAGAGAAAAAACCACAGAGAGCAAUUGCUGUCUCCUCUUCUAAAGCAACGGCAAAUGACUUCUCCUUGCUUCUCCACCUCGUAUCGAUGCACAUUUAGACGUACGCAGCGUGUCUCCUGCCCGUCGUCCUGUGAGCUGUGGAUUUGGAGUAAUCACAAGAAGUCUGGUCGGAAGCACCACCUGCUUUGGUUGAGCGAUUGUCCAAUCUGAGGGGUUUUUUGUGCCAACUUAUUUGAAACGUCUUUUGUUCCCCACCUUUUACUGUAUUGGCAGACUUCGCUUUGUGUUAUCCGUGUGUUUGAGGCUGAUAACAUACAGUGCUUUCACACCCAUAUAAAAGCGGUUGCUGCUGGUCAAGUGUUCAUGGCCGUCAGAAAUACUGUGGAGUUUUUCAUCUUGGAUCCUGUGGAGGAUGUGCGGCUUGUAACCCUUUCCUGCUGUUUUUGUAGAUGUUUCGCCACAUCUCAUCUCACUGCACCUAACCAGUUUAAUUCAAGUGUUCAUUGUUUCCUAUUUUUGGGAGGGACAGCCGAGGAGCAGAUCAUUAAUAAGAUGUGGUGGAAUUGUCAAAGGCUUUUUUUUCUUUUUCCUUUUUUUCUUCAUCUUCUUAUUCUUCUCACUAAUUGAACUGUGCACAAUUGGCCUUUGUGGCAUUACUGCACCUGUUUGAUCCUGACCAUGGACCACUAAAGGACUGAAAACAUUUUAG